AACAGCUUACCAUACGCUCCCUAAUUAACAGCUUCAACAAUAAAACAAAUUUGUUUUUUUCCCUAUGAUUUUGUUGGAUUAUUAUUCCACAUUUUUCACCAUCAUUUGAAUCUGCCAAUUCAAUCUUUCUGUCAUUUCCUGUAUUGGACUGGUCAAAUCUCAAAGGAAUUUAACAUUUUCAAUUAAUUUGGAGAUUUCAAGACAUUUUGAAAAUCAAUUUCACAAUUUAAUUGAAGAGUUGAUAUGUUGUGCUGUGGAGGUUCAGAGGAGGAAGUUGACGGUCCACCGGCUCAUCAAUACACAGCUCCACCUAAAGGAGGCAAUACUUAUGCUGGCGGCGGUGAGAGAGCGGAGCCAAGAGGUGCUAAUACUGCCAGAAGCGGAGCACCACAAAAGGCUCUACCGAUUGAAAUCCCAGCGGUACCAUUAGACGAGUUAAACAGACAAACAGGUAACUUUGGCACGAAAGCUUUGAUCGGAGAAGGUUCUUAUGGCCGCGUUUUCUACGCCAAGUUAAUUAAUGGCGUGCCGGCUGCAAUAAAAAAGCUUGAUACCAGCACUUCCCAGGAACCAGAUUCUGAUUUUGCAGCUCAGUUGGCAGUAGUUUCAAGGCUUAAGAAUGAGCAUUUUCUGGAGUUGAUUGGAUAUUGUAUAGAGGCGAACAAUCGAAUGUUGGUGUAUCAGUUUGCGACAAUGGGUUCUUUGCACGAUGUGUUACAUGGGAGAAAGGGUGUACGAGGGGCUGCACCGGGUCCUGCCUUAACCUGGAACCAAAGAGUGAAAGUUGCAUAUGGUGCAGCAAAAGGGCUAGAGUAUUUGCACGAAAAAGUUCAGCCUCCUAUAGUUCAUCGCGAUGUUAGAUCAAGCAAUGUACUACUUUUUGAUGAUUUCUCCUCGAAAAUUGCUGACUUUAACUUGUCAAGUGCAUCUUCUGAAACUGCGGCACGGCUGCAUUCAACUAGAGUGUUAGGAACAUUUGGCUACCAUGCCCCAGAGUAUGCCAUGACGGGACAGAUAACACAAAAAAGCGAUGUAUACAGUUUCGGAGUUGUUCUUUUAGAGCUUUUGACAGGAAGAAAGCCAGUUGAUCAUGAAAUGCCUAAGGGACAACAAAGUCUAGUUACUUGGGCGACUCCGAGAUUGAGUGAGGAUAAAGUGAAGCAAUGUGUAGAUCCAAAACUAAACAAUGACUACCCACCAAAGGCAAUUGCUAAGUUAGCAGCAGUAGCAGCACUUUGUGUUCAAUAUGAAGCAGAUUUCAGGCCAAACAUGACAAUUGUAGUCAAAGCGAUACAACCACUUCUUAAUUCAAAACCAGCAGGGCCAGAGUCUCAUGCAUAAGUAGCUCAAAAAUGCUAAUUAAUUAUUUUUCAUUCUUCUUCAAUGGCUUUGUCAAAUUUAUUUGAAAAAGGAAAUUGUAAUCAUUCAAUUAUCCUAUAUAUUACUUGUGAAAUUACAUAUAUGCUUGAUAAAUUGUUGUUGUUUAGCUC